UUGUAAACAAACCCGGCACGUGCAAAUCUCCGCUUACAAAAGUUAGUUUUCUGCUGCUUUUCCCCCGACAACUUCCCACCGAAAAUGGGUGUCCGUGGUUUAACCACGUUUAUCGAAAAGAACGCAGCAGUUUAUCUGAAACCGCACGAACUACACGACACAAAGCUCGUGAUCGAUGGCGACAACCUGUGCGUGCAGCUGUUCAAAAGAUCUCAAAAAGUUGGGCUCGCCUUGGGCGGCAACUACGACGCGUACUACCGGACGGUGGUGGACUUUUUCGACAAGCUGCAGCUGGUGAACGUGGUCCCGUACGUGCUGCUCGACGGUGGCUACGAGUCGCGCAAGAUCGCCAUCGUGCGGUACCGGAUGCAGCAGCGCAUACUGAAGAUGAAAGGCUUUCACGUGCCCGCGAUCAACAGCGCAACGCCCCCGAUGCUGCGGGAAGUGUUCGUCGACGCAAUGCGCGAGUCGGGCGUUGCGUUCAUGCGGUGCGCGUUCGAGGCGGACGAUGAGGUGGCCAUUCUGGCCCGCAAGCUCGGCUGUCCCGUGCUGAGCUACGAUUCGGACUUUUACAUCCACGACGUGCAGUACAUCCCGUACGUGACGCUGUCGAGCAAGGUGUACCGCAAGGUGUCGGACAGGGAGGGCGAAAACUUUAAGGUUGGCAUCGUGGAGCGAAAGCAGACGAAAAAGGCGCGACAACGGGGCGAUGGGGUAAAGUAUAUCGCUCAGUGCGGCGAUCAGGACGUGGUGGAAGGUGAAGGAGAGGUGGAAACAUACUCCUACCUUGACUGUUGCCUGUACACGAUCGACAAUUUGACUGGGCCGCACGACCAGCUGGGGAAAGAGAUGAUCCCGCUGUUUGCCGUCCUGCUGGGGAAUGACUACAUCGAGCGGAAUGUGCUACGGGCGUUUUAUGAGGCGAUAAGCACUGGCCGGGUGAACCGGAAAAUCAAUCAGCAGGAGCGUCGUCUGAAGGUGAUUCUGAAGUGGCUGCAGAACCACACGUUUGAGUCUGCAACGCGGGCGAUAAUACGACACAUUAAGGGCGAGCAAAAGCAGCAAGUGUACCGGCAGAUACUGACGGCGAUCCGUGGCUACAAUUGUGAGGAUUGCGUCGCGUUGCAUUAUUUCGGUUUGCAGGAUCAAACUGCGCAAGAAACGCCACUGAAGGACGAUGAGAUUGAAAAGGAACUUCAAACACGAUUGGGAGCGAUUGCUGAUGGUGAAGAACCGAUGGAAACGGUCGACGAGGCAAGCUUUCUCGAUAGUGAGGAGGAGGAGGAGGAAACUGCAUCGAACGAAGGGCAAAAGGAGGAGAAAAGCAAAGACGACCAGGAAGAUGAAUUGUCACGACACAAUUCCUGCGAUGAGGAGCACGACAAGGAUGAAAAUGACCUCGUACAAGAAGAAUCUGACACGGAAGAGAUCAUUAUGGAUGGACAUGAACCGUUGAUUGGGCCGGAGCUGAAGCGCAACAAGUUCACCGACCGGAACUGGCCGGACUGGUUCAAGCGCAUCUACAGCGCGGCCCAAGUGCCACGCUUUUUGACCGAUUUGAUCCAUUCGAAUUUGUACAUCAACUAUCCCCAGAUCGAGGACGUUAAGCGGCAGGACAGUAACAGGCUGAGCGGUCCUAUUUUGCGAACCGUGUUUGCGAUUCUCAAAACAGGCUUUAAAGUAAAAACGACCGAGUUUAAGUACGUUACGCGACGGGUGCCCGGUACGGGUGUGGUGAACGUUACCGUUACCGAUGCCUGUCUGCCCGCAGGGGUCGAAUACGAUCCUGCCAAGCUGCCAAACGUUACCAUCUUGCGGAAGCUGUUCGAAGCCGCUGGGAUCGAAAAGUGUGACGAGCUAUUUGAAACGAUCCGCAGCGUUCCUAGCAAUUUGCGGCUUUACUUUCUGGCGAUCAUCUACUGGGCGAAGAACUGUCCCGACGUGAACUUGGCGUACGUGCAUGCGCUCGUGGUGUGCAUUUUGCAGCUUCAAAUUGUGGAUAAGGCGCUGAAAAGCUUGAACCGAAACGUGGACCAGUUUCGCCAGGCACAUCGGGAGUAUUUGGAGCAACAGCGACAAACAAGCAAAACGAGCGAACAGUCUGCAGGGAAGCCGGACGUUGCAUUUAACCGAACGUUCUACAAUAAGCUAGCGAGCGGAACUUCCCGUGCGUCGGCGCUGCUCGCUUACGACCAUUUGAUACAACACUUUUCGUACAAAGAGGAGGAGGUCAGGGGAAGGCGUAAGAUGUGGAUCGAGGCCGGCACCAUGCACACACUGGCCAGCUUCCAGUCGGUUUGCUUCAAUCUGUACGCUCUCACGCCGUUGCUGGGCUAUCCGGUGGAAAAUCUACGCAUGCACGAGCUGUACAACACGCUGUUCGUGUACAACGUGUACGAAGGGAUGAAGAACCGGGCGGACCUUGGUGAGUACGAGCGCACGGUGAUGUUCCGCCACUCGCCAACACUUUACGCGGCCGUUUGCGUGAUGGUGCGGUUUGUGGAAACCUACGUACCGGAGCUGAAGGGUAGAACGGUGAGGGCGAAGACGGGAAAGGCAGCGAAACGGAAGGAGCAGCCGUUAGUGCACGUGCAACCGAUCACGAUUCGACCGGCAAAUAAUUGGGACGAGGGCAAGAAGGACGAGUCGAGUGAAAGCGAUGAUGGGGAGGGGUACGUUGAUGUGAACAAUAAAUUCAGUCAACUUCUAUUGGCAGGUUGAACUUUGGAAACAAA